AUGAACCCCCGUCCUUCCCCUCCGGAGGCCACGUGCAUGGCAUCCCAAGCCCGGGGGAGCGGCGGAAGAUUGAAUGCGCGCUGCGCGCGCAUCCCCCCAAUCUUCCGACUUUUCGGUCGAGCAUCCCCCUUCCGCAUUGACCGGCUUCUUCCAACGCGCACCAUCAAUCGACACCAAACGCAUUUGCCGGUCUCGAUGCUCCUCGGACGCUGCUGUCUGACCCUUGCUCACCGGGCCAUCACGUCAGCCCCCACGACUCGCUACAGCCACUCUCAUCUCACCACCAUCGUCGACGACGCCGCGCUCAUCUUCCACGCCUCGAUGCGCCCCCAACAGGCCUACAACUGGAAGUGGGGGGACGCGGUCGCCCUUUUCCGCAACUCCCGACCUCCCUGA